AUGCAGGCCACCGCUCGGAAAAGGGCUUAAUUUCGUGAGAGCUGGAUGCAGCCUUGCAGGAUUAUUGUGUUCUGUUAACCACUGUGAACUUAUUAUUAUUUUAACCCGGACUAGACAAACCUACAUUUUGCGUUAGGUGGACAGUAUCGGAGAUGGCUGCUAUUCGGAAAAAGCUCGUGGUGGUCGGGGAUGGCGCCUGUGGAAAGACUUGUCUCCUCAUCGUAUUCAGUAAAGAUGAAUUUCCUGAGGUGUAUGUGCCAACCGUUUUCGAAAACUACGUCGCGGAUAUUGAGGUAGACAGCAAGCAAGUAGAAUUGGCUUUGUGGGACACAGCUGGACAGGAAGACUAUGACCGCCUUCGCCCCCUAUCCUACCCGGACACUGAUGUAAUACUAAUGUGCUUCUCAGUGGACAGCCCAGAUUCGUUGGAAAACAUCCCAGAAAAAUGGGUACCGGAGGUGAAGCACUUCUGUCCUAACGUUCCGAUCAUUUUAGUGGCGAACAAAAAGGACAUGCGAAAUGACGAGAACGUCAGGAACGAGCUAGCACGGAUGAAACAGGAACCAGUGAAGACCGAGGACGGGAGGGCCAUGGCGGUGCGCAUCGGAGCGUACGAUUACUUGGAGUGUUCGGCCAAAACGAAGGAAGGAGUACGGGACGUUUUCGAGACCGCAACUCGCGCUGCUCUGCAGAAAAGGCUACCUUCCAAGCCUUGUGUGGAAUGCUGCAAGUUAAUAUGACAAGAGCAAUAAGAAAUGUCAAAGUAGCUUAAUUAAACAAAAGUUAAGGAGCCAGACGAAGAAUGGCUUUCACUGAUGAGAGCUAGUCUCGUGUAUUUUGGGAUGGUUGAACUGCAGUCCAAGUUAAUGAAAUAGGUGAUCAUUAUGAGGGACACUGGAGUGAUGUGCUACAGUUUAAACCCAUAGGGUAACGAUGGGGUUGAUAGCCCUUGGUGAAAGAAGUCAGCAACACUAAUCUGAAAAUCUUAUGAGUUACGACCAUUGCAAACACGAAUGAUAGCCCACUCGCGGGAGGACAUUAUGGAUACAGAAGGAUUUUUGCCAACAGGAACGACAAAGGAUGAGACAAUGCAGAAUAGGACACUGUUAUGAGCUUGUGAAAAGGGCUAGUCUUGGUCAGAUGGUUUAUUUGUGUAUGUUUAUAGAGUAACCAUGGUGUGUGAGUCUGUGUGUGUGUGUGUGUGUGUGUGCCUGUCUGUGGGGGAGGCGAGGGCUGCUGGAUGGUACCCUACUUGCAGUGUCAACCUGUUCUGAUCAUGAAUUACAUUCAGUCAUUCAUUCACACAUAUUUACAGAUCAUAUAAUACAUUCAUUCAUUCAUUACAUACAUUCACAUUACACAUAUUAAAACCACUAUAGCAUAAUUGUUCAAUGCACUGAGUUCAACAUAGUUUGUCCACUUCGGUUGAAACAUUCAUAAAUGCCAUGAUAUCAGAUGUUACUGUUUCAAUGCCGUUUCAAUUUGCACCAUCCCCAUCGCCUUCUGGAUGGUCGGACACCAUUCAGUACUGAAGGGGACA